UGAUAUGUCAAACCAGGGGCAUGAUGAAAGUGGGGAAAAACAAAAAGAUCCUCUCAGAGAUCCGCCUAUAAGAUACCUAGGUUAUGCUAAUGAAGUUGGUGAGGCGUUCAGGUCACAGGUUCAUGUGAAUAUUGUAAGAAGUAGCUAUGGGGUGGCCAGUGUUUAUGUUGUGGCAGAUGCUAUACACAAGGGGAGGGAGGCAGGAAUGAAAACUUGGCCAUCUGAGGACAUCAAGAGAAUCAAGGUUGGCUGGGCAGUGGCUGACACGCUACUUUGGCAGGGUCUGGCUUCAGUGAUCAUUCCUGGAUUUACCAUCAACAGGAUCUGUGCUCUCUCUACCUAUCUCCUUGGAAGAUCCAGGAAAAUGUCACCUUCCUUUCUCAAAUGGACUGUUACAGGAAUAGGGCUAGCAUGCAUUCCAUUUAUAAUUGAACCAAUUGACAGAUCUGUAGAUUAUAUCAUGGAGUCAACAUUCCGAAAAUUUGAAGGACCAAUUAUUAAAAAAAUAGUUAAACAUCAUCGCAAUGACUGAUGUUUAUUUUAAAAUCAUAAUAUUAUAAAAAUUGCAAGCAACAUAAUAUGCAAUUUCAAAAAAUGUGCUUCUAGUAUCUGUAAUAUGAAGCAGAAACAUUCCUUCUUUACAACAGAGUCUUUGGAUAAAGCAGCAAUGCUCCAGCCAGGAUUUUAAAAGGCCAGGGUGCUAGGUCAGAAAGGGCAAAUUGAAUAAGUCUUAAUGGGGAACUUGCAAGGGCCAAUGUUCAAUUCUAGUUGUGUAUGUGUUGUAACUGUUUUCAAAACCAAUAGUUUGAAAGUCCUCUACUGGUUCCACCAGAGGGGAUUUAAGGUUUACCCUUCGUCCGUCCUCCUGUCUACAAAAAAAUCUCGGUCCUGCGAUUACUCUAAAGGCAAUAUGGAAAUUAUGCACGUUAGUGUUUUUUUUUUGUCAGACAAAGUAAUGCAGAGUUAUGGCCCUUGUCUUAUUAAAAAUAUAGCUUAUUUGGUCCUGUGAUAACUCAAAAAGUAUCAAAGCUAGGUUUAUGAAACUCAGUAUGUGGAUGGAGGGUAAUAUCGAGAUUAUGCACGUUAGUUUUGAUUUUGUCAUGCAGUUAUGGCCCUUUACUUACCGGGUAUUAAAAAUAUAGCCAAUUUGGUCCUGUGAUUACUCAAAAAGUAUCAAAGUAAGGUUCAUGAAACUCUGUAUGUGGAUAGAGGGUAAAAUGGAGAUUUUGCACAUUAAUGUAUUUUUUUUAGGGAUGGAAACCGGAUACCAAAUCGGUAUCCGGAUAUUCGUAUCAAGUAUUCGAAUACUAUCCGGAUACUCGUAUAAAAUUGUUUUCAUAAUAAGUAAAUUUCCUAUUAUAUGUCAUCCACCUUCUCUUAUUUGACAUAAUCGUCCACUUGAUUUAUAAUUCGUCAUAUGGCAAUUUCACUUUUUCAUUCAUUCUUUCUCAGUCUUAAUAAUUUAUAAUGUUAUAAUCAAAGCUAAACAACUCAUUUUACGUCAUAAAACUCAUGAUGAAUACCACAUAAACACCUCGCGAAUUUGAUAGUCACUUCGGCCGAGGUGGUAGCUUGGUUACUGCCAUGUGCUUUUGAGUUUGUUAUUUAUCAGCAGGUUUCAUGUUAAAUGACGCUUUGAUUAUUUAAUAGUCGAUUGUAAUUUUAUUUCAUUACAUUGUUUGAUUUAAUGCCAUACCUACAAUUUCUGCGGUGCUUUGUAAUGAAGGAUAUAAUUGCGGAAAAGAUAAGAAGACAAAAAGACGAUCUGAUUUUUCUUUAUUUACAUGCGUGUACUUUUUUAUUUAUCAAUAAACCAAACAUGUUUACAUAUCGUAUGUUCAGAUAGCAAUAAUUUCUUCAUGCAUAUUCAUCAAAAAUACGAUUGGUCAUUAAUAGCUUUGAUUGCACGACCCUUAUCUUGUGAUUGGACGAUCAAUUCCUACGGAUUAAUGAUCAAUCCGUUUAAAAUCAACUAGAGCCAAUUAGUGUCAAUUAAGCACAUCUGAGAUCAUAAAACAAGACUUGUCAUUGUAAACAAGGUCAUAGAACUAAACAGGGUGCUUUACAAGGACACAAUAUCACGCCUUGUGCAAACACCCAAUUAGCAGACGAUUUGUAUCACAUACCCGCUUUGUGACAGACACUGUUGAUCACCUGAAAUAUUUCAUCUGAAAAGUUUUAUGACAAUUGCUAUGUCUCUGCUAAGCUAUUUCAUUGAAAUUUUAAUUCUUAACGAAUAUUCGAAUACCCAUUUUGGUAUCCGAAUACUUGCGUGAUAUCCGGAUAUCCGGAUACUCAGAUAUUCGCUUCCAUCCCUAAUUUUUUUUUCGUCAGACAAAGUUAUGCAAGGUUAUUGCCCUUGACUUCUUAAAAAUAUAGCUGUUGACUGAAAAAAAAUCUUGGUCCUGGGAAAACUAAAAAAGUAUCCAAGCUAGGUUAAUGAAACUUGGAAAGAGGGCAAGACAAGGUAAUGCAGAGUUAUUGCCCUUGACAUUAAAAAUAUAGCCAAUUUGGUCCUGUGAUAAAUCAAAAAGUAUCAAAGCUAGGUUCAUGAAACUCAGUAUGUGGAUAGAGGGCAAUACGUUCGAGGUAGACAUGGGUGAUCUGGAAGGUUUUGCGGCUUAACCUGUUGCAUUUUGAUGGAUAAAGUUUACUGUAAAGGCCAUUAGGAUUUGUUUAAGUCACACACACGCUCAUCCUUUUCACAAGGCUUUAAACUGGUAGGGGACACUUGGCGCACAAUUCGCGUCAUUCUUGUUAUGAAUACCUUAUCUAUUAUCUUUACUUUAGUGUCAUAAUUACGAAUAUUUUAUAUUUUCAUACUUUAUUCUGAAAAUGGACUCUAGUCAAACAAGAGGGCACAGCAGGGUGUAGUUAAAAGGCAGCAGGGUACUGGAAAAGGGCAGUGGGAUUGCCAACCCUCCUAUUUAGGCCUAGCUGGAGCAAAAGGCUUUAGGUUUUAAAGUUAAGUAAUGAAUUAAUCUUUUCUUUCAAUAACAUUUGGUCAUUCUAAAACAUUAUUAAUUAAAAUAUUUACUUAUAAGGGGAAAAAAAUGAUGCCAAUGAUAGUCUACCAAUGUUUAACAAUUAACAGGGCUGGAAAUUAUUACAUUACAUCUAGGGUCCAUCAAGCGCAUGUUGCAAAUGUAUUUUUUAGGACAUUGAAGGUAAGCUCUUUACAAAAGGAUGCCAUUUUGUUUCUUCUACCUCAUCAACAGAAUAUUAUCAGGUACAGAUGUUCACCAUUUUACUGUUUUAUCAGUUGUAUAGGAAUAUGCCAUGUCAUAUUGUGUUGUAGACUUUGUCCAAAUACUGCCAUUCAGACUGUGUGAGACGUCGAGUGACACUGCUUCAAUAAUAAUGAAAUGGUAUAUGCGUGUACCGAGUUUCUAUAAAAAAUAUAUUGUCAUGGCUAUAUACUCAGCUAUAUACUCAGCCAAGUGGUUUGAUACUUACCUCGAUUGAUACCGUAUAAGAUGUUAUGGAGUUUAUGUGUUUUUAAAGUGUACAUAUAGUUGCUUUAACACUUUUCAAUUUAUUUUUGUGUGUUUAGUGCAAUACUGGGUGAAAUAAAUUUUUAAUACUCA